AUGGUUCACAUUCAAGACCUCCCCCGGGAGCUGCUUCUGCAGAUUUUCUCCUCCGUUGCCCAUAGCAAUCCUUCCAACCCACAGGAUCAGACCACCAAGUCUCCGGAUGAAAGCGCCAAGACCCAGUCCCAACAACCCCCUGCCGAUAGACUGUUCCCACGCCCUCCUUGGGGAGGGAGCGCACAGAUCCAGGAGAUCAUCGACUUGUACAAUCUGUGUCGGGUGUGCCACUUGUUCCGCGAACUCGCCCAGCCCCUGCUGUUCGAGCAUGUUGACUUGUCUGGCUUCCCUGGCGAUCUGCGAAACCUCGUCUCCCUCACCCGUACCGUCCUCCGCCGUCCCAGCCUAGGCGAACAUAUUCGCAGCCUCUCCGUCCUUCCAGACCACGAUCAUCAUGUCUUUCAUCAAAGCCCACAGCCUCUAACCGCCAACGACCGAAAGCUCUUUACUUCAUCCAUACGUGAUCUCCGCUUAGACAAGGAGGACGAGCGCGACUGGAUGAGUGUCUUGAGGGAAGAGGAGUUCGACUACAGUCUUAUGGUCGUCUUGCUUAUCCUGAAAGCCCCAAACCUCCGCAUGUUGACAUUGGCGGGAGGUUACUUUGCCAUGAAGCCACUCGAGCAAGCUUGGAAGCGCCAUCCUGCCAUAUUGUCGAAACUUGAGGACCUGUGGUUCGAGGGCGACGACCUUCUCAAGGGCUACCCGCUCGCUUUUUAUGAGGAGAUGAUCAGUCGGCUCCAGUUACGCUCGAUAGAUAUUGAAGAAGCCCACCUCAGUGACGACCUGUUCCCCGCCUGCUGGACUCCACAGUCUCUGACCAUGAGCCGGAUCGGCCUACACCUCUGCCAUAUCGAUGCCCCCUCUGUCACCAAGUUACUCCGCGCAUGCCGCACAGUGACCUCCUUCACUUACGACAACUUUACCACGGACCCUGAGGACCAGCCUCAUAACCUCCGCCCCGUUCGCGAACCCACCGCUCCCGAACUAAGCGCCGCGCUCCUACCCCACAAGGACACCCUAGAAGGCUUGACAAUGACCUGGAACCGCGAACCCUGGGAGCGAGAGAACAUCCAGGAUUAUGUGGCCCGCCAGGCGAAGAUUGGCUCGCUGCGCGACUUCUCCGUGCUCCGGCGACUGACCGUCCAACAAGCUUUCCUGCCGCCGCAGCCCCAGUUUCCUCCCACACUCGAAAAGCUCACUGUCGAAGACUGUAACAUUUCGGUCCGUGGUUUGGCCGAGCAUCUGGCCCAGGAGCGUCGCCAGGGACGCCUUCCCGCACUCAAGAGCGUCAAGAUGCUCGCCGUGGACAUCACCGACGCCGUCAAACUCCCGGGUCAGCAGAUCCCAUUUGGCCAGACACCGGAGCAGUGUUGUACUAGCAUUAAGGACAUGUUUAAGGAUACGCCCGUCGAUUUUGACAUCCUGCCUUAUCCGGACUGUCCGCAAAAUAUCGCUGGCGACUCCGACCUCGACGACUACUCUGAUGAUGACCCCUACGAUAUGACUGAUGAAUAUGGCUUGCUGGGUCUCCGCGAAGGGGGAAACAGCAUAUUCCAGGCGAUGCUCAUGCAGGCGAUGCAGGCACAGGGGGACCAUUACAUGGAUGAUGAGUUCGACGAGUGA